CGCGUAUGUCUGACUUGAGCUAAACCCAAACCCACACAAAUCUUUCCUUUUUACCGUCUUUUCCUCUCAAUGAUAUCAUCACGGAUCGGUCGAACACUUUUAAAAGUAAUCAUACCAGCAUCUCUUAUAUGCACGCUACUCUUGAUUGCACAACAGAAUGGUGCCUGGAGUGCGAUCCGGUCAGGCCACCGUAGUACCACUAGCACCGGCGGACAGCUUUACCAUCCCAAACCGCAUCAAAAUGGAACGCGCGAGAAUGCCGCUUUUGUCGUACUGGUACGCAACGACGAUCUCACCUCUAUGCGGGAAACCAUGCAACAACUGGAAGAUCGGUUUAAUCGCAAGUUUGGCUAUCCUUGGAUCUUUUUAAACAAUGAGCCGUUUGACGAGAAGUUUAAAGAAUUCACCAGCGGGUUGGCAACGGGCGAUACGUAUUACGGCACAUUUGAUGAAAGCAUGUGGGGAUAUCCAGAGUGGAUUGAUCAGGAUAAGGCGCGUGCUGCACGCGAUGAUAUGGCUGCAAAGGGGAUCAUCUAUGGCGGUAGCGAAUCGUAUCGACACAUGUGCCGAUUCCAAAGCGGCUUUUUCUUCCGUCAUCCUUUACUUGACGACUUCGACUAUUACUGGCGUGUGGAACCACAUGUAAAGUUUACGUGCGACAUUGACUACGAUCCUUUCACGGUGAUGCGCGAGAAACAGUUGAAAUACGGUUGGACGAUAUCGAUCAAAGAAUACGUAGAAACUAUCCCGACGCUGUGGGAGACUGUCAAAAACUUUAUAAACGAGCAUCCUGACCAUGUUGUGCCCAAGAAUGAUCCGGAGAGUUUGCUUGGAUGGAUCAGUAAUGACGGUGGCGAGUCGUACAACCUAUGCCAUUUUUGGAGUAAUUUCGAAAUUGGCUCGCUGGCAUGGUUACGUUCAAAAGAAUAUCUGGACUACUUUAAUUAUUUGGAUCGUGCAGGUGGAUUCUUUUAUGAACGCUGGGGAGAUGCACCCGUACACAGCAUUGCAGCGGCGCUGAUGCUGAAGCAAUCGGAAGUGCACUGGUUUUACGAUAUUGGCUAUUUCCACAACCCAUGGUAUCAAUGCCCUUCCGAGCCUGAAUGGCUGCCAGCGGAGAAAUGUUCCUGUGACCCUGAUAAUAGCUUCGAUAAGCACUGGUACAGCUGCACACCCGAAUACCUCAAAGUAACAGGCAAACAACGAACCGAUUACCUUAUCGCCCAACGUAAUUAAAUACAUGCCAUAUACAUAAAAUAAUAAAGAAAUGAACUCAUGAGA